AUGGAAAGUUACAGAAGAAGGUUGGGGCUAGAGACUGCUAUUUGCAAUAUUUCUGGCAAAAUUUGGGCCUUUGUUGAUGAAGAAUAUGAAGUAACAGUCUUGAUUGAAUCUGUUCAGCAGCUUACACUAAAGUUAUUCAACUGGGAUGUAGAUAUGGAAUUGGUUGUCACCUUGGUUUAUGCUAAGUGUGAUAGGAUUGAAAGAAUUGAACUUUGGGAUUCUUUGUAUAAUCUUGCUUCUGAUAUGACAAGUCCGUGGUUAAUUGGGGGUGACUUUAAUGUCAUCACUGAUGAGGAGGAGAAGUAUGGUGGCUUACCUGUGUCUCUGAAUGAAGUUGAAGAUUUCAGGCAUUGUAUUCAAUCAUGUAAUCUUACGAAUUUGGGGUAUAAGGGAAGUGUUUUUACAUGGUGGAAUGGGAGAGGGGCGGAUGAUUGUGUAUUCAAGAGGCUGGAUAGGUGUUUGGGCAACUUUGAGCUUCAACAGUUGUUUCUAGGCUUAGAAAUCACUCAUUUGAUUAAGUUUGGCUCGGAUCAUUCUCCUUUGCUGAUUGAAUGCAAACAAGAGGAGACAGAUGUGGUUGCUAAUUCUUUCAUGACUUUUAAUGUGAAGCUGAAAAAAAUGAAACAGGUCUUAUCCCAAUGGAGCAAGUCCACUUAUGGUGAUAUUUUUCAGCAGAUCACUAACCUUGAGGAAGUGAUUAAAGUCCAUGAAGCACUCUUUGAGUCAAAUCCCUCUUAUGCUAACAGGGAGAAACUCAUGAAAGUGCAAGCUGAACUUACUAGAGUAUUGUAUUUGGAGGAGGAAUUUUGGAAGCAAAAAGCUGGAAUGUCUUGGUUUCAAGAUGGUGACAAGAAUUCCAAAUUCUUCCAUGCUGCAGAAGAAAAAUGA